CUCUGCGAGGCGGGCGAGGAGGAGUUCCUGGAGAUCAUGGCGCUGGUGGGCAUGGCCACCAAGCCCCUCCACGUCCGCCGCCUCCAGAAGGCCCUGCGCGAGUGGGCCUCCAACCCGGGGCUCUUCAGCCAGCCCGUGUCGGCCGUGCCCGUCAGCAGCAUCCCGCUCUUCAAGCUCUCCGAGGCCGGCGGGCGCAAGGCCCUCAGCAAUGGCCACGCCAGCCCCGGCGAGGCCGCGGGCAAGGGCGGUGGCAGUGCCGGGACGCCCCCAGCCCGCAGCCCCACCGAGCCGGGGGAGAAGCUGUCGCCGUCCGCGGCCCCGCAGUGGCCAGGGAGGAGCACCCCCGAGUCGGAGGGCGGCGGGGAUGAGGAUCCGGGGGGUCCCCCCUUCUCCCCGGGGGGGAGCGGCGGGGAGCAGGCGGCGGGCGCGGAGCUGGAGCCGGAGCUGGUGCGGACGGUGGCGGAGAGCGUGGAGCGGCUGCUGCAGAGCUGCCCCCGGGGCGGCGACGCCGAGCUGCGGGCGCUGAUGAAGCUCAACAAGAAGCUGGCCAAGGCCGUGGGGCACAUCUUCCAGCUGGAGGACGGUGACCGGCAAAAGGAGGAGGAGAUCCGGCGGCACAGCGCGAUCUACGGCCGCGGCGAGGCCCGGCGCCGCGAGGGCAAGCAGCUCACCCUGCACGAGCUCAUCAUCAACGAGGCGGCCGCCCAGUUCUGCCUGCGGGACAACUCGCUGCUGCUGCGGCGUGUCGAGCUCUUCUCGCUCUCGCGGCAGGUCGCGCGGGAGAGCACCUACCUGUCCUCGCUCAAGGUCGCCAGGGCACUCCCCGAGGAGAGCGGAGCCAUCGCAGCCAAGCGGCUCAAGCAGGAGGUGGGAGAGCAGAGCCGCCCUGAGCUGCUGGCACUGCCGGUGGGGCUGGAGCCCCCCGGGGCUGUGUACCGAGCCAGCCUGGAGGAGGACACGGGCAGCCUCUCUGGGGAGAGCCUCGAUGGCCACUUGCAGGCGGCGGGGGCCUGUCCCCGGCUGACCCCCCCGCCUGGCACGGCCCCCGACGUGCCCCUCGGCCUGGCACCCCACGGGCUCUGGAGCCGCCACAUCCUGCAGCAGACGCUGAUGGACGAGGGGCUGCGCCUGGCCCGGCUGGUCUCGCACGAGCGCGUGGGGCGGCUCAGCCCCUGCCUGCCGGGGAAGCCCCCGGGACCAGAGUUCGAGGACGGGCUGGCGGAACGGGGUCCUCCGGCCCCCCCAGACCCCCCUCGGGGCACCAUCAAGGUGGAGCAGGAGAGCAGCCGGCAGUGAGGCCCCCGUAGCCCCCGCCACCAUUAACGAAGCAAUAACGUGCUGGGGGACGGGUGCUGGCGGUGCUCUGGGCGCGGGGAGCCUGGGGUAGGGGGGGCUCAGCCACAGCCCCCCGGGCCCCCUCCCCUCCCACACCCACGCUCUGGUUACCUCAGCCGCGGUGGGACGCGCCUCCCCGCAGCAGCAAUACCCUCAUCCCGCCUGGCUCCGGGCCCCUGCCAGCCCCCCGGGCCCUCGAUGGACCGGAGCCCACUGUACAGCCCCCCCGUCGUGCUGACCGCCCUCCCCGCCCCCGGCCCCGUCACCGUGCAGGGACAGACGCGUCCCCCCGGCACACGCACCGCACCGCGCGCUCCCGCGUCAGCGCUGCCGCCCACGCCGG